CAUCUGAAUCAUCUUCAAUUCCGAGGAAAAAAGUACAAUUGAAAUAUACUGAUGAUGACGACAAUGACUUUGAAACUUCUCUACAAUUAAGUACACAUAGAAUAUUAAAUGGAAGAAAAUACAUUAAUGAGAAUGAGUCAAAAUAUAUGCUACCAUCAGACGAAAAGGAAGUUAAUAGAGAGGCUAUGUCUUACGCAAUAAGGAAGCAUUUAUUCCAAAAAAACUUUUUUUCUCCAAUUGAAGAAAAGUUAAAUAAAGGAGCUAAAGUACUUGAUGUUGGUUGUGGUUCAGGUUUCUGGGUGAUAGAUAUAGGAUCAAAAUAUUCUUCUUCAACAUUAAUAGGAAUUGAUAUAGAUUCUACUCAAUUUCCUUCAAAUGAUCGACAUCCUUCAAAUGUUGGCUUUCUUGCGUGCAAUAUAAUUCAUGGAAUUCCAUUUCCUCCUGAAACUUUUGAUUUUGUUCACAUGAGUAUGAUGUGUUGUGCUCUUACUGAAUAUCAAUGGCAUCAGUUAGUCAAAGAUAUUGUUAGAGUUUUAAAGUGUGAUGGCUGGGUUGAAUUCGUAGAAGGUGAUCCGUGGAUUAAAAAUUAUGGAAAGAUUGGAAAAUUGGUAAUUGAAACUUUUAUUGAAGCAGGAAAAACAAAAGGUAUUAACAUGAACAUUCAUGCAAUGAUACCAAAAUUUAUCGGUUCAAUGAAUGAGCUUAGAGAUUUAGAAUAUGUUAACGCAGAAUAUCCAUUAGGCGAGUGGGGUGGAUGUCUUGGUAAACUCGCAUUGGCCAAUAUUAGGAAAGCUA